AUGAAAUAAUAUAAUCUUAGAUCUAUGACAAUUUUGCUUCAUUAACCUAAUAUUGAAAAAGUGGUUUAGAAGAUUUAACAGGAUUGCUAAGAGAGAAAAUCUAUUAGAUACAAAUCUGAAUAAGAGGAUUCAGAUUUUUUUUUUUCAAAGGCAAUUCAAAAAACAAAUGGCAAUCAGACUUAUAGAUAACCAAUGAGUGCUCGUAGUUUAUACUUUACUCCAAUGAAAUCUGUAAAUUCACAUAGGUAAAUGCAGCAAUAAAAAGAAGUCAACCAUUUUGAAGAUGGAAUCGAAUCCAUAGAUGGAGAUCAAUCUAACCUUUUAACAGUCAUUCUCUAGUUACAAGAGCAGAUUAAACAACAAAAAGAUUAAAUAGAAAUAUUGAAUCAAAAAUGUACAAUCCUUGAAGCAGAAAAGGAUGAAGCAUAAAAACCAAAUAUUGAAUAAAUUACAAUCACUGCUCAUCUGCUUUAAUAGAAUGAAUAACUAAUGUAAUAAUUAGCAAGAUUAAGGAAGAAAUAAUGA